AUGAAUUCUCUGUUGAGAGUGAAGAAAUCCCUGAGGACGCCCAUCAGGAAGCUGACCAGCUGUGUGUCGGGGAUGAAGCAAGAGAAGUUGUGUGCUAAACCCAGGGACAGGAGGGGCAGAGGGGGUGGGGGAGGCAGACGAGGAUGCAGGAGGUCGGGUAAGACCCCCCCACUCCGAACUGCACCUCCAAAAGACCCCACAGUCAUCUGCUCGUACCAGGCCGACCUGGAGAAGGAGAGGCAACAGCGGGAGGCGCUGAACGCUCAGAAGAACGCAGAGAGAGCCGCUUUGAGAAAUCACUACAGGAGAAAAUACCAGCUGUCCAAGAGCCCGAAGGACAUGAGCCACCUGAGGUCUGUGGGAGGGAAAGUGUCGCUCCCCCGCGGGCUGUCGAAGAUCAUUUAUCCUGAAACCAAAGCCAAGGACGACGGCUUCAACCUGCUGAGCGCCUUUCAAGGCCUCAGUUUCAACACAGCGCGGCUCAGAGGGAGGAAGCACAGCAAGGCGUCCACUCCUACAUCAACCACUGGGGACUCCUGUAAUGUCAUGAGCAUGUCCAUCCGAGUGCCGGGCACCCGAGGGUCCAGACAUGCGUUCUUUGGUGUUGCACCACAGAAGGCUCUGUCUACGAGUGUGGCCGAGACGGUGGUGGAGGGAAAGUUAGAGGGAGGAAAAGGAGCCCAGGGAGCAGGGGUUAGUAAGGGAGGAGUGGAUGGACGGGUGAGGAGCUUCCAGGAGAUCCCUCACACGGGAAAGAAUGGCUGGGUGAACCUGGUGAAGUUCUGGAGACAAGAUUAUUUCGGUCAGCUCCACAAACACAUGGAGAGGACUUUCAACACACUCGGGCCCAUCUACAGGGAGCAUGUUGGCACACACAAGAGUGUGAACAUCAUGAUGCCGUCAGACAUCUCCGAGCUGUUUCGCUCCGAGGGCCUGCACCCCCAACGGAUGACCCUGCAGCCAUGGGCCACACAUCGUGAGACGCGCCAGCUCAGCAAGGGGGUCUUCCUCAAGAAUGGCGAGGAGUGGAGAGCUGACCGUCUCCUGCUCAACAAGGAGGUGAUGAUGAGCUCGGCCGUGAAGAGGUUCCUCCCUCUCCUUGACGAGGUGGCGAGCGAUUUCAGCCGGAUGCUGCAGGCGAGAGUGGAGAGGGAGGGGAGAGGAAAGAAGGGGAAACGCAGCCUGACCAUUGAUCCGAGCCCUGAUCUCUUCCGCUUCGCACUGGAAGCAAGUUGCCAUGUGCUGUAUGGCGAGCGUAUCGGCCUCUUCUCCUCAUCGCCCUCCCUGGAGUCUCAAAAGUUCAUCUGGGCCGUGGAGCAAAUGCUGGCGACCACCCCUCCUCUCCUGUACCUGCCCCAUCGCCUCCUGCUCCGCAUUGGCGCUCCCCAGUGGACCCAGCACGCCACUGCAUGGGACCACAUCUUCAGUCAUGCGGAAGCCAGGAUCCAGCGGGUGUACCAGCGCAUGUCCUCCUCCCAGGGUCGAGGGGCUGAAGCUGGGGCAGCUGGAGGCCAGUACACCGGGGUUCUGAGCCAGCUCAUGGAGAAAGGGCAGCUAUCUUUGGACCUCAUCAAAGCCAACAUCACUGAGCUGAUGGCUGGAGGGGUUGACACGACAGCGGUGCCCCUGCAGUUUACUCUGUUUGAGCUUGGCCGUAACCCAGAGGUGCAGGAGAGUGUGAGGCAGCAGGUGAGAACAUCAUGGGCUGAGGCUGGUGGGGACCCUCAGAAAGCCCUGCAGGGGGCGCCACUGCUGAAGGGCACAAUCAAGGAGAUUCUCAGGUUAUAUCCAGUGGGAAUCACAGUGCAGCGGAUGCCAAUCAAAGAUAUUGUUCUUCAGAAUUACCACAUACCUGCUGGGACCAUGGUCCACGCCUGUCUUUAUCCUCUGGGAAGGAGCACGGAGGUGUUUGAGAAUCCACAAAGCUUCCAGCCCGGCAGGUGGAGCAACAGCAGAGAGGAGGGACAGAGAGCAGAAGGGUCAGGGUUCCGCUCCCUGGCGUUUGGGUUCGGUGCCAGACAGUGUGUCGGGAGGAGGAUUGCUGAGAACGAGAUGCAGCUCCUGAUCAUGCAUAUCCUGCUGAGCUUCCACAUCGGCGUGUCAUCCUCAGAAGACAUCAAAACCACAUACACCCUCAUCCUCCAGCCAGAGACCCCACCAAGGAUCACUUUCAGCAAGCUCUGA